CAAUUCAUUUUCUUCUGCUUCCCUCAAGAUCUAAUGCCAAUCGAUUUUUAACACAUUCGCUCUUGCUCGCCCUCAGUCAAGGUUGAUGCUCGAUAUGUCGCCUUCCUCGCCACUCCCAGUCGCGUCUGAUCCUAUUGGCAGACGCGCCAGCCCAUCUACCGGUACUGUCACCACGGAUUUUGCAUUUCUCGUGCACUCGCCAGAAACAGUCGCGAACAAGAUGCCGCCAGAUGUUGACAACAAACCGCUGGCACGUCAAAAGCGCAGACGCACUUCCAAGGAAGACGAGGACAUUCUUAAGGCGGAGUACUUGAUCAACUCGAAGCCAGACAAGGCCGCGCGUCUGGAGAUUGUCAGCAAAGUUGCGCUGGGCGAGAAAGAGGUGCAGAUCUGGUUCCAAAACAAGAGGCAGAACGACCGCCGCCGCUCGCGCCCCCUCGAGCCAUCGUCGUCUGCAUCGCUGAUGUCGUCAUCCUCCACCAUGUCUGAUCCCGCGACUGAAGAUGAGCACGCGCACGAGAGCGGCAACGCGCCGGAGCCGGGGCCAGAGCCGCCGACGACCGAUGCACCAACGACGCCUGAAGCCACCUUAGACGAGCCCGUGCCAGCAACAGAACUGCCCGAGGUCCCUGCAACAGCUGCCGACGAUGAUGCGCCGACGACGACACAGCCAAUAGUAGACUCCCCCACCGACCAUCAGCCCAUCGACAUCGCGCCGGCAGAGAUCAGCAACUCCCAGCAGAGUGCAUCGACACCGCAAGGCGCGCAGCCACGCACAUCAUGGAUUUCGAACCGUCGCAGCGCGUCCUUCGUGCGCUCCGCCGAGGACUACGCGCCAGAGACCAUCACCUUUCCCAACGCUCCGUCCAAAGCUGCCGAGUCUCCUGAGGGGCCGAGAUCGGCAGAAACGCGUCCUUUGAAACGCGCACAUUCCUUCGUACGGAUAGCGACGAACGAAGAUGGCUCAGCACGCGUGGUCACAGAUCUUGACAAAACACCGUCGCCUCCUCACGCGAAGACAACCCCCGUCUCCUUCGCCCGCGCCGCUGCGGGUCUACGACGAAGCUACAGCGCCGCAGGCCUGAACGAUCGCUUGUUUGCUGCAGCGCGAGGAGAGCCCAGCCCCAAGAUGGCCAGAGUGUCGCCCAACAUCGGAAGAAGCAGAGAUUCUAGGGCAUGGGAAUUCUGGUGUGAUCCUGAUACACGGCACAACACAAGCCUGACAGCGCGUGCUGAGCAGGAGGGUAGUGGAAGUGCAGCAGAUGCUAUUGGUUUACUGCGGGCAAACAGGAAGAUCCUCGCCCAGAACCAGGCACGCCAGAACACCCCCCUGAAAUCGAGGCAGGGCUCGCACAAGAUCAUUGGCUCAUCGGGAGCGAAGAAGCCACGAGGAUCCAUGCAGCGUGCAUCCACCUUCAACGUCUUCUCGAGCGGGAAGAAGCUGGGAGAUAGCGACGAGACCGAGUCGGACGAGUUUCCCUUGACAGAGUCUGACAAGGAGAAUUGGGAGCCCGAUCUGCCGAAGUCGGUGCGCAGGCGGGGCUUCGCUACUCCUGCUUCAGCGACACGGCCACGUCAAGUCCUCGGUGAGAACACCAACAUUAUCUCCCAGAGCGCCAGUCUUAGUGCUUUAUUAGCCAAAGCGAAGAGAGGAGGCAAGAGUACUGUCGAUCCGGAGCAAGAUGACGAGUUGCGGACCUUCAUGAAUGGCGAAAGCAGCAGCGCACGACCAAACCUGAGUUCGGCAGAGGAAGCAGGGUGCGUUGAAGGGUUGUUGGCACUUAGUCAGGGCCAGUGGAGAUGAUCAGUAACAGGCAGAAGCACUGUCAGAGUGGAUGUCGCGACCGUUCAUUUUGUUUUGUCACAGCAUUUAGCGCACUGGUGUUGGUCUCGUUGUGAUGGUGUUGACAUUUGAUAUGGCCGGCGUUGUACAACCUACAAAGAGGUAUACGGAGUAGAGGAGUUGAGACAUGCGUCUCGUUGAUCACUUAUUACCAAUGCAAUUUAUUCUGACCAGUUGCGAGUCUUCUCGCAGGGAAC